AAUAGCAUACUUCAUAUAAAGCUGAACGAAACCAAAACUUUGAUGUAGGCUAAAAAUGGGAAAAUCCCAAUUCUAAAUGGAGUGCAAUUGUUUACCGAAAUCGGAAAGCACGUGUCUGUGUCUGCCGAUUCAGGAAAGAUCUGUACACGGUGCAAAUUGCAGCCAUGAGAAAUACCUACCAACCACCAUCAAAGUACUUGGAGCUGCUGUUGUUUUCUUGUCAGUAGUUGUAGCUUAUUUAAUUAUUCAAACUAAUCAACUAGAAAAAACCCUACAGAGACUGCAAAACAAUGAAGAAGCUCAAGUUUAUUUGGCGCAAAGGCCUUUAUUUGAACCUAAAAGUAUCUUAUAUGGACAGAAGAAAUCAUCUGAAAUCAACAGAAAUCUUGAAUACAGAAGAGAGAAAAGAAAUGGUCGAUGGAGGAAUCAAGUAAGGGCAGAAUUAUCUGAAAUAAAAAGAGAAUUGAACAAGUUGGUGAAUACCACGAUUCGAAACUUGGAAGAUGGAAUAAUGAAGAAGGUCGUCCACUUAACAAUGUCUUCCUCCAUGACUCAGGACACCCUUAAAUCUCCCGUCAAUAACAUAGAGGGUUGCUACAAUAGGAAACACUGCUUCAGAUGGAGUGAUCCGGAGUCUAUAUAUUCCUCCACUUUUGACUAUAUCAGAGACAACGCCUACAAUAUGCCUGUAGCUAUCAAAGUUCGCAGUCCAGGCAUAUAUUUAGUAUAUGCUCAAGUAGCAGUCAACGGUCCAGAGCGAGGGUACGAACCAUCCGUGGGAUUUGAAACAGUUCUGGUUCAUGGUGGAAACGAAAAGACCUUGAUAAAAAGUUACAUAACACAGGAUAAUAGGGGUCAAGCAUAUUACGAUAUAACAGUUGGAGAGUAUCCUUUUGACACAGUGAAUCACAUGGGGAUGUUCAAGCUUGAAUGUGAUGAUUACAUUAUGAUAAGACCAAUUGGAGACCCUACAUUUAUCUAUACUAAUACGGAAGCGUCUUAUUUUGGUGUUGUUCAGAUCAAUCCUGCACGAGCUCUACUGCAUGGUGAUUACAGUUGUAACACCCAAGAAUGACAACUCUUAUUUUAACUUUAUACAACUAUGAUUACUCUGUAAUUCGUUCCCUUUUGUAAGUCACUAUCCUUCUUUGCA